AAAUCGUAUUUAUUUAACUCAUAAAAAGAUUACACAGUCGAUCAGAACAGAAAACAAAAUUCAAUUACUGUGACGAGCGAGGGAUAUAUUUAAAGAAGAACUGUGAAUGUUUGUGAAAACGGAAAGAACAUCAAAUAACAUCAAACUAUUAAAAAAGCGUUCGUUUUGGUUGGAUAAAUUUCAAUUACCAGAGAAUUCCCAUUAAAUUGAUGCUGAACAGAGAAGAUUCAAAUAAAAACACAAGACAACAUGACAAUUAAAAUCUUCCGACGUGGUUCUGCACGAAUUGGCAUCAUAUCGGCUUGCAUAAUUAUUCUCAUAUGUCUUUACUACAUUUCCAUCGGAUCUUCGCAAAACUCAAAAGAUUUGCAAAUGAAGAGUAAAUUGUCAGGUACACACCAUAACAACAACCAGUCAAAUUGGCCUAAUUGGUUCAGAGACAACAUCAAUCAUCUCAAAAGUAGUAAGAAAUCUUCAAAACAAAAAAGUUUUAAUACCGAAGAUAUCGAUGAUGACGAUAAUGAGAAGUGGAAUGAAUGUUCUGUUCUUGAAGAGACACAAGCCGACAUCAAUACCAAAGAAGUUUUCUCCAAAUUCGAGUUCGAGCCGGAUUGGAUGAAAACAAAGGAAUAUUGGGACAAAGAUUUUGAAACGCGCUAUGAUAAGCUUAUGAAAGAUCCACAUCGACCACCGCCAAAAAUCUUCGUCACACCACAUUCUCAUAACGAUCCUGGGUGGUUGAAGACAUUUGUCAACUACUUUCAAUCAGAUACACGACAAAUUAUUAAUUUAGCUGCCACAAAAAUGCCCGAGUUUCGUAACAUGACCUUCAUUUGGUCAGAGAUCAGUUACCUCAAUAUGUGGUGGGAACAAGCGCACCCGUCACGACAACGUGCUUUGAAGAAACUUAUCGAUGAAGGUCGUCUUGAAAUCACAACUGGAGGGUGGGUGAUGACAGAUGAAGCCAAUAGCCAUUAUUUCGCAAUGUUAGAUCAACUUAUUGAAGGCCAUCAGUGGGUGAAAACAAAUCUAAAUUAUAUUCCAAAGACUGGGUGGAGUAUCGAUCCAUUUGGACAUGGCAGUACCGUUCCUUAUUUACUCGCCUCAAGUGGCUUCGAAGGAACAAUCAUUCAAAGAAUUCAUUACAAUUGGAAACAAUGGUUUGCAAAACAUCAAGCUGGAGAUUUCUUGUGGAUGCCACAUUGGAAAAGUUCAACGAGUAAAUCGCAUACGAUGUUGACACACAACAUGCCAUUCGAUAUUUAUUCAAUAAAACAUUCUUGCGGACCACAUCCUUUCAUUUGUCUGAACUUUGACUUCCGUAAAAUUCCGGGCGAGUACACAGAAUAUUCGAUUAAAGCGCAAUUCAUCACGGAUGAGAAUAUUCAAGCGAAAGCUGAUCUUCUUAUGGAACAAUACACAAGGACAGCUUCACUUUUCACACAUAACGUGGCUUUGAUUCCAGUGGGCGAUGACUUUCGGUACAAUCAUGAAAGGGAAUUUAAUCAACAAUAUGAAAACUACAAGAAGUUGAUUGACUUCAUUAGUGCUAAUAGCGCGACACGAUAUAAGAAUGCGACAAUUCAAUUCGGCACACCUGUUGACUAUUUUCGAGCGAUAGAACAACGACAAAAACAUAAAUUUCCAUCACUUGUCGGUGAUUUCUUUGUGUACGCUGACAUCUUCAAUGAAGCACGACCAGCUUAUUGGUCUGGAUACUUCACAACUCGACCGUAUUAUAAGCUGAUGAGUCGUGAUUUGGAACAUAAUUUGCGUGCUUUAGAAAUUCUCUUUACACUCGCAUUCAACAAAGCAAGACAAAGUGAAAAGUCAAAUGCGUUUAAGAUUUACGAGAAGAAUUACGAAAAGAUUAUUCAGGCUCGUCGUAAUCUUGGAUUAUUUCAACAUCAUGACGCAAUCACUGGAACAAGUAAGGCAAAUGUUAUGCGUGAUUACAUGAAUCGUCUUUACGAAUCGAUACAAGACUGCGUGAAACUUCAACAACAAACUAUUGAACUUCUGGUUCAAAAAAGUCCCGAAAAUUUUCAACAUUCCUUCAUCAUCAGUGAACUUGAACGUGACAAUUUCAACAGAUCACCGAGAAAAUCUGCAAGUCUUGUAACACCUGAGAAGAAUGUUCAAGUUGUCUUGUAUAAUCCAUUAGCUCAAGAGCGUACAGAAAUUGUUCUCCUCCGUGUUGUCAAAAUAAAUGUAAAAAUUCUCGAUUCGAAUGGUGUAGAACUUCCAUAUCAAAUCAAUCCGGUAUUCAACGUAACCGAGCAUUACGAGUCAUUAAGUCGUAAAACUGUCGUUUCGAACAGAGAGUUUGAGUUAAUGUUUCUAGCAAAAUUGUCCCCACUUUCGUUAUCAGUGUUCACUUUAACUUAUCAGAACGACACGAGAAGUAAACUCGCGACAAUUUACUGCGAUGACUGUAAAGAAGAUACAUCAAAGCAUGUUGACAAUGACACUCCAUCGCCAUUCGACAUUAAACCAAAGCAAUCGGGUGACAUUCAAGUGGAAAAUUCCAAGAUGCGAUUAUUGUUUGAUGGCGAGUCGGGAUUUCUCAAAGCAAUGACAAAGAAGAAUUACGGAAAAUUAAUUCAAAUGGCGAUAAAGUUUGGUGCUUAUAAGUCUGCACAAUUCCAUUCCGGUGCUUAUCUCUUCCGACCCGAGUCGAAUGAUCAAAAAAGUGCUGAGAAGGAUGUGUUUGAAAACUACAAAGAAAAAGAGAUCAUGAUAACAACGGGACCAUUGGCAUCAGACGUUUCAGUCAUUCAUGGUGCUUUCCUUGCACAUACAGUAAGAAUUUUCAAAACGCAAACUCAUCUUGACACAGCAAUUUACAUUGAGAAUGACAUUGACUUUGAGAACCCUCCAAAGAAUCGUGAAACGGAAAUGUUCAUGCGAUUAAUUACGUCAAUUGAGAAUGGCGAUGAUCCGGAAUUUUAUGGCGAUUUAAAUGGUUUCCAGUGGCAACCAAGAAAAAAAGUUCCACAAAUUGGAAUCGAAGGAAAUUAUUUUCCUAUCACAUCAUCAGCUUUCAUUCAAGACAAUCAAAUGCGAUUGACGUUGAUGACAACUCACGCUCAGGGAGCAGCUAGCUUAGAAUCGGGACAAUUGGAAGUGAUGCUCGAUCGUCGGACACUUUACGAUGAUUAUCGUGGAAUGGGUGAAGGUGUUGUAGAUAGUCGUUUAACACGACACCAAUUUUGGUUGACAAUGGAAUUCUUCGAAGAGAAAAUGACAAAAAAUGACGAAAAACUUUAUUUCGUUCCAAGUCUCCAAGCACAACAUCUCACUUACGCUUUAAAUUAUCCAGUCAACAUUUAUUUCAUUGAAAAGUAUGACGAAGCACAAACAAUUGACAUUAAUCAUCAUGUUCAACUUCUCAACUAUCAACUUCCAUGUGAUCUUCAUUUGGUCAAUUUAAGAACAUUAACAGAGCAUAACUUACCGUUGUUCCCUUCAAAGUCAGCUUUACUGAUAAUGCAACGAUUCGGAUAUGAUUGCCGAUUAUCACAAAUAGGUGAUGAUGACGAUGACGAAUCUUAUGCUAAUCAAUGUUUAAAAGUUAAAGGAAAAUUCAGUAGUUUGAAAUUAUUUAAGGAUGUCGAGCAUCCAGGUGGCGAGGAAGUGCUCAUUGAAUAUGCUGGUAAGGAUUCAACAGAAGCAUUCGAUGACGUCGGUCACUCUCAAGAUGCAAAAGACAUUUUGAAACAAUAUCACGUAGGAUCGAUUAUUGAAAGCGAACGAGCAAGUAACAAGAAAGCAAAAAAGAAGGAAGAGACUAAAAGUUUUUCAAUGCAAAUGGUUAAUGCAAAGUCAUGUAUUGAGAGGGUGUUUAUCAAUCUCAAUGCACCACCCUCUUUUCAGUUGCGGCAGAAAAUUCUUGGCGAUAACAAUACAAACCUGCAAUAUAUCAUUCAGGAAACAAAAGCAAAUGUAACCUUGAGGGGAAGAGGCUCAGGUUACAUUGAACAGAAUGGUGUCGAAUCAAACGAACAACUUCAUUUAUCAAUCGAACAUCCAGUGAUGAAAAGUCUUAUUGAAGCGAAGAAUUUGGCAAAGAAUCUCGUUGAAACAAUUCAACAAGAUCUUCAAUUAUUUCUCCAACCAAACCAACAGAAUGUUCAGAGCCAACAACAGCAACAACAAGUACAGCCACCCCCAAUCAUACAAACGGUAAUUAUUUUAUUUUCAGACAAUUUCGGCUUUGAUUUGAGUUUUUUGAAAUUUAUUUAUUUGUUUUUUCUUUCCUUUCUCAAGAGCACGCAACAAAUUUCCAUCCCGCAAGCGGUUUUAUCUUGUCCACCGCCUACAAUCAUUCAAAAUAACGCUCUUCAGCCAACUCAUAUAAUUCAACAACAGAGUUUCAUCCCUCAACAACAAAUAAUCCCACAUAAUGUUCCAAUGCAGAUUAUUCAACAGACUCCAAUAAACAUCCCUCCACCGACAGGGAUUCCAAUCAGAACGAAUCCAAUUGUGCAGUUUCAAGGGCAAAGCUUACAGCCAACAAAUAUUCAGAUUCAAGGAGCCAACAACGGUCAACAAAUUCUUCUUAAUCAAACUCCUACACAACAAUACCAACUCCAAUAUAUUCCUUCAGUCAAUACACCACAAGUGCAAACAAUUCAACAUGUUCUCCAACCACAGCAGCAAAUCCAAGGAAUACUUCAGCCUGGAGCUAACGGCCAACAAUACAUCACCGUUCAAGGCAACACAGCUUUCAUGAUUCCGCCUCCAAACAUCAUUCAAACUCAGAAUCAUCAAAAUAUCGGAACUGUCUUUAAUACGCCACCGACAAUCACAUUGAAUCCCGACGAUUUGAAGAAUGAUGGGAAGUUGAAAGUUGAUGGAAAUGUUGAUCAGAAAAACAAUAAUCAAAACUUACAACCAAUGGCAGCAACAAGAAUUGUCACAAAUGUUCCCUUGAAUCAACCACCACCAAUUCUCAAUUGUCCACCUCCACAAAUCUUUAAUCAGCAACAGCAACAACCAACUCAACAACAACAGAUUCAGUUUAUUACAAAUCCAUGGCAACAACAACAACAGCAGCAGCAACAACAGAUUCAAAUUGUUACACAACCACAAACAAUUCAAUCUUCUGGACAAAUGCUGACAACUUUAAAUUCGCCACAAAAUGUUACUGGUGGAAGUGGAAGUGGACAAUCUUAUCAACAAAUUCAGUUUCAUCAAGCAACUGUGACUCAGCCGCCACCGCCAACGACAACACAAAUUCAGACGAAUCAUCAUCAACUACAACAUCAUCAGCCUAACAUGAGCUUUCAACAGCAGUUUGAGCAGAAAAUAAAUGCAGGUGACACGCAACAACAACAGCAACGCGCUGGUAAAAGAAAGUUUGAAAGUGAAACAGAUGCUGAUAAGACUUUUCCAAAAAUGGGAGUUGGUCAAAACAUGACAGAACACGCAACAUCAUCAAAGAUACAAAAAAAUCGAAUGAUGUCCAAUCAACCAGCAAUCAACAAUCAUUUUAUAAAAAUGAAUAAUAUUUCAACGUCGUCAUCUGCUGGUAAAAAUAAUGGCGAUGACAUCACACAAAGGAGUGUCAACAACAGCAACAACACAACAACUAAUAAGGCAAUGUUUAAUAGAAACAUCAGCAACAACAAUUCUUCCUUGAAUAAUCAGAAAAGCCUCGCGACGACGACAGUUGAAUCGAAAUUGAAGAAAUCAAUUGGAAAGAGUGAUAAUGAUGCAUCCGACAUGAACGAUCAAGCAACAAAUUUCACGGUGAUGAAUAAUCAAAGUCAGCAACAAAUGCGGGGAGUCGGAAAUAAUCAAAAUUUCCGUUUCUCGACUUCUCCGAGUUUUGUUCAUCAACAACCACCACCAAUCACACAAAAUUCACAAUUCAGUGGACCUCGUGGUCAAAUCAUGAGUAAUAGCAGCUUGGGCUUGUAUCAAAAUGUCGGACAAAACCAAAUGAUGCAACAACCGCCACCAUCAGUAACGACGACAACGUCACAUCAAUUUAAUCAACAAGAUCCGCCACCGAAUAUUUAUCAACAAAAUAAUCAUCAAAACUUUGUUGUGAAUACUCAACAGGGAAGCAUGAACAUACGCUUCAACAAUCCCCAUCAACAUCAACAGCAGCAAAAUGAUGGACAUGCCGCAAUCAUGGCAACAAAUUAUCAACAGCAACAACAGCAUCAACCGAGAUUUAGACAAUGGUAAAAGAAGUUUAUUUAAUUAUUUACUUCUUCAUUUAAUAAUCGUCAGUGACGUCACUAAUUUUAAAUGUUUGUCAACAGAAAUCCAAAUUUCUAGGAAUUUUAAAUGUAAAUAAAGAAAGAUUAACAACUUUUA